AUGUCAGUUUGGCAUGGUAAAGCUGGGUCAAAACUUCCACAGGGAUUCGAUAGCCAUAGGCGAGUAUCUCACAUUACAGCUGAAUGUGCAUGGCGACGACGGCAUGCAGCUGUGCGUCGACCGCAAAUGGAGCUGGCCACAUGUGUUCGUGCGAUGCCUCCAGAACAUGCUGGGGGUAAUCAUUUUCAUCCGAAUCACAUGGAUCACCGACGAGGUUGGAUUAGGGAUGACCAUCUUCUUCAUUUGCCUUGGAUUCUUUUAUCUUUUCUCACUUCAAUGUCCGUGGCAGCGAUAAGUACCGACCAGCGUGUCGGAUUCUUUGCGACGGUGUCAACAUAUACGAGUUCGGCCGUCGCUGCGGGAGUCUCGGUACUGUAUGUCUUUAGCAACGUGAUUGCCUUUGCGGCGUUUAUUGUCGCACUCACGGAGACACUGGUGAACUUUCUGAGGAACUCAGGCUUCACAAUGAUCGAUGGUGGUAUCAACGAUAUGCGCAUUUUCUCUGCAGUGUUCUGUGUCCUUGUGUUGCUGGCAGCAGCUAUUCGCUCAGCCGACUAUUUUCAAUGUCGUCUUGCCAUGAUGCUACUUGUACUGAUCGCAGUUUUAAUGCAAAUGGUCGGCCUAACUUUACCAUCACUCAUCAUGGAGCAUCGUAUUAAUUCAACCGGUGGGUGA